AUGGAGACAGCUCGUGGUAUAUCUAACAUGGUAGUCAACGCAAUCUUGCCCUGUUUAACAUUUAAUAAAAUCGUUACAAGUAUAUCAUGGAAGGAUAUAAAGGAAAUCGGUGUCAUCGUAUUAUCAGCCAUAUUAUUAUUCUCAAUUGGUGGAGCAUGUUCCAUGAUUACAAAUUAUACUACUCCGGUUCCAAAGAAAUGGUUCUGGGGUCUUCUAUUCGCAGGAAUAUUCCCUAAUAUCUCUGAUUUACCAAUCGCUUAUCUACAAAGUAUGGGGAAUGGUACCAUUUUUACUGAAGAACAAUCUGAAAAAGGUGUCGCAUUUUGUUGUAUCUUUUUGUUCACUCAAAGUUUCUUAAUGAUGAAUUUUGGUAUGUGGAGAAUAGUGGGUUUAGAUUUUACAGAAAGAGGUAAGAAAAAAGACAACGAUAUCGAAAAGGGUACAUCCACACCAACUACACAUAAAACGGACUUUGAGAAAGUUCAUGAUGAUUUAAAUAAUGAUGCUAAAAUUGAUACUCCUAAUAACGUUAAAGUGGGCAAAUCUUCACAUAUGGAAUAUGAUCGUAUGACUGGUUCCCUUGCUAAUAGUUUGAGUGAUCAAGUCUCGGAAGAGGCACUAAGUGAAGUAAGUACCGAUGAAGUGUUAUCAGAUGAUGAUGGUAAUACUGAGGGCCAUACUAAUAAUUAUUACGUUCAAAAAUAUUUCAGUGAUGAUGACUCUUCAGGAGGAGAAAAAAUACCCGGUAUGCCUAAUGCAUAUUUAAGAAAUGUCAGAAAUGGUGAUUCUGGUUCUAAUUCUAAUUCAUACAAAGUUUCUAAAAUUAUUUCAUCACCAAGUAUAUUAGAAACAAUUGGGAUUCGAGAGGUUCCUUAUAAAAGUCGUCAUUAUACAACAAGAAACUUAAACAAUCGAAGUAGUAACAAAAAUUUAAGAAGAAGAAGAAGGAGGUUAACAAUGGAUGAUAUGAUUGCUGAAUAUAGUGCGGUUGAUAAGAUGAAGCAAGGAGACCUUGACUUAUCAAGACCGUUAUCAUUGAUUGAAGAUAUAGGUGAAACAAAUACGUCAAUUGGCCUUGUAGGAGGACGUCACUUGGAUGAUGAAGCUGAUGACGAGAAUUAUGGAAGAGUAAUUACCUCACAUAGUGAUAAUGGUAACAUUGAAACACAUCCUUCUAAAUAUGAAACAUUCAAAAGAAACUUUAAUGAAUUUAUUAAGAAACAUAACUUGGGUUGGGUAACAUAUUUUUUAAUUAAUUGUUUUAGACCAGCAUCACUAGGAGCAUUAUUAGGUAUAAUUUGUGCCUUAAUUCCUUGGCUAAAGGCUUUAUUCGUCCAUACAUAUGUUCAUGUCCAUCAAGCCCCCGAUGGGGAACCAGUAUUAAACUUUUUGAUGGAUUUCACAUCAUAUAUUGGUAAUGCCUGUAUCCCAUUGGGACUGUUAAUGUUAGGAGGUACAUUGGCACGUUUAAAGAUUACUACGUUACCAAAGGGGUUCAUUAGAUCUGCAAUUUUAAUGACACUUUUUAGAUUAGUUGUUAUUCCAAUUAUUGGCGUAGCAUGGGCAAAUAAACUUUACGAUAUUAAUUGGCUAGAGACUGACAUUAGUAAGUUUGCUGUUAUAUUAACUUUUGCUAUGCCUAAUGCUACUGCGCAAGUGUAUUUUACAGCAUUCUAUACUCCAACUGAUGGAUCACAUCUACAAUUGGACUGUCUUUCAGUGUUCUUUUUGAUUCAGUAUAUGAUAUUGUUCAUUACUUUAUCAAUUGUUUUGACAUACACUUUGAAAGUCGAUUUAAAAGUUUAA